CUGCAUUAGACCGCAAAAUCGAAAUUAACCUAACACAAUUGUUUUUUGCGUUUUAACCAUUUAAACCAACGUUAUGAAAACCAGAAAUCAGAACUAAAUAAAUAAAUCCUUCGCACUUGCUUCGAAUCAUUUUAGUUCCAUUCUCGCUAACGAAGAUACACUAAUGUUACCAUGAAGUUAGAUUAUUGGUAUUUACUAUUCGCGGGAUACGUCGUGCAUUUAUCAGACUUAGCACAAAGCAAACAUGUAAAAAUCUACCUUCCUGUACUAGUCCACAAACACAAACACGUCCACACAGUCUACAAGAAACCACACGAACCCAAGAAGACCAUAGUGAUACACAAGCACGUCCAUCAACACGGCCACGGCCACAAACACGGCCACAACCACAAAGCCAAACACGACCACCAUCACAAACACGGUCACCAUCACAAGCACGACCACAAGCACAAGCACGAUCACAAGCAUCACGCCCACAAACACCACCACGAUUCGCACAAAUACCAGGAUUACGAUAACGGUCCUGCUAACUACAGAGGUAACGAAUACGAAUUGCUGCAACGUACGCCUGAAUUCGAUGAGGACUACAGGACGUCCAAGAAGUUAUUGAAAACUGAACACUACGAAAUCGAGCAUAUUGACAACGCCGCCGAGGAUCCCGUGGAUCGAGUAAGGUUAUCGGGAAGUUACAAAGUUCAGGAAGGUGAUCCUGGCGAUUUUACGACGACUUCGUAUAGGAUUUACGAUUCGCCGUUUACCAAGGAAAUUGCUAAGAAGUUAACUAACUAUCCAGAAGCGAGCGAGUAUGAUCAUAUUUCCAAUACAGAAAGUUACGAUGGCGAUGAAGCUCAUACAUACGAAAAUUACGUAUUGCAUCCUGACGAUAGAAAGGAUAAUUCGGGUAAAUAAGGGUAAAAGUUAGAUUUUUUUAAGUAAUUUGUUUCCAAUCGAUUGAGCAAGUCUACAGCGAAUUUUGUGCUGUAACUAAUUAAUUAGUGCAACUGUUAAAUCCUUAGUACUUUUAACAAAUACAAAAAUUACACCAAUUAUUGCCAUGAAACGAAAAAAAUUUUAAUUAAAAUGGGAAAUAGUACAAGUUUUGUUAAACAGUAUUUAGUUAUAUUUUUUGUAUUACCUAAUCUAUAUGAAUUAU